AUGCCAAGGGGCACGCCUUGCCAUGUCGAGGCCUCUGCCGCCAACACCUGCCACGGCCCAGGUGCCACUCUGUUGCCCAGGCCUGUUGCCCAUGCCAUCAGCUUGGCCACUCGAUCAACGUCCAUUGCCAUCCGUCUAGGCUCCGCCGUCACCAACUACACCCUCGAUGCCGCGCGAUUCACCACGCUGUCGAGCCUCGGGCUUGCUCGUGACCUGGUCGAGUCUAUCCUUAGCCGAGCCGCUCGCGACACAAUCACACUAUCCACCUCGGCGCUGAACGAGAAGGAGGCCGAAACCAUUCUCGAGCGAAGUUUGGAGACGCUGCAUUCCGCCGUCAUGCAGAUUGUUUUCUGGACCUCGGCCGGCUUUCGCUUGACCGGCACCACCGUAUCCACGGUCUCCGAGGCGUCGCAAUUAGUCCUCGACUCCCUCGAUAAGCUCUUUGGCUCCACUGAUUCGUCUCGAGCUGUCGCGAGCAUCAUUACGCUGAUUCGGAGGGAACUGAGCCAGCCGCCUACUGGACUCGGUGGAGAAAAGGUUGGCGUCGCAGACCUUGUUAUCGCCCUCGGCGCCCUGGCCUACCUCCAGAGGGCUUCGAGGCGCUCUGCAAGCGAAGAGGCGCGACGUCAAUCCUUUGAAGAGGUCAUCUGGGACGUCGUCGUCCUCAGCGAUGGCGAGCGAGUAGACGUUGGCAGUGUGCGGCCCGACAAGAACAACGACAACAACAACAACAACAACAACAACAACAGCAGCAGCAGCACCCGCGGACUUUUACCCAAUGAUGAUUACGCAGUGCACGACGACGACGAGGCAGUCCUGGCGCGCCUCAAGAGUCACAUCACGUCGAAUCUUGACCCCGGAACCACCAUCUCGGUAACAAAUUCUGUCGCGUCGGUUCAAACCAUCACUGUCAAUGUUGAUGGGCCGCAGCUGCUCUCUCUGCCUACACCACCCGGAGCCGAAAUCGUGGAAACUCGCCGGCCGGCCCACACGCCUGGGGACAGUCAAUCGUGGAACUGCGGCUCGGAUAAAGAGAACAGCUACACGGUGGUUUACAGAAUACGGCGAGACAGGUUGAGGACCGUCACGUUUCGAGGCGAGGAAGAAGAUUCCGUCCCUACCGUUGUGGAGAUUGUUGAUGACCCUGCAGUCAAACCUGCCGAAAUCGCGGCGAGCAACACGCCACUCCAACCUGAACAUCUGACGUCGCAAGACUUGGUGGCGAAAAGGGCAAGACGCCCUGCCUCCACCCCUUCCGGCUCUGCGACACCGCGAAUCGGCAGCCGAAUCAACAAACCGAACGUCGAGCCCAAUUCCAAGUCACCACCGUCUCAAAACCGAGCUGCGAAACUGGAGCCCGCAGCAAACCAGAAAAGGCAGAGGACGCCUCAAGUCGCGCCACCCGGACGUACCUCGUCUUUCCAAAAACUACUGCCCGCCGACCCCGGUCGACGGCCCCUGUCCAAGAAGAAGGCAGAAGCCCCCUCAAGCGCAACCGCCAAAGGCUCGGAGAAGAAGCCUGGAUUCAAGAGGGUGUUGAGGGAAAGCAGCCAAUCCCUGUCAAACAUGUGGAACAGAGAAUCAUCCGACACGGAUCAGAAUCGCGUCUCGCUAAAGCAACGGCCGCAAUGGAAAGGGGUCGGCGGCAGCAUUUCGGCGGCAGAUUUCAGCACAAGAUUUAAAGCGGCCGGCGUGCGUACUCAUCAGCCGCAGUUUCAGCGUAACAAUGCCCCGGCUAAGCGGAUACAGACACCCGAACCCUUUGCCAGCCCAUCAUCGUCAAGGGCCAGCUACGUAUCUAUCCACGAACGCCGACAGGACUCCAUCGUGUCCCAGGCGGACUCGUACGGUCGGAAGUCGGCUACCGGUGGGCUGCCGCCAUCAUCGCCGACCAUCUUCCGAACCGACUAUUCCACGCAAGAGACGAUAUCACGAGCGGCAGGCGAGCCUCUCGCCCCCGGGCUGACCCCGGAGCUGCCGCGCAGCAAAGACGUCCAUCCCCACCGUCGACGGUCCGCGUCUUAUGCACCCAGCCUCUACAGCCUGGCGACAAACGAUUCCCAGUCCUCCGUAAUACUGGCGUCGUACUACCAAAAGAGCGCCUACAACGCCUCCGGCGCGCUCAACAUUCUGCGCAACGAAGGCUUUGUUGACGGAACCUUUCCGACGGGGCAUCUGCUGCCAAACAUUGUACGAUACAUGAGGCACUCCUCGGCCUGUUACGGAUCGCACUUUAUGAAGAUCUUGGGCAUCUCGAAAGAACUGCCCGCACAGCAAGCGUGGAACGGCGUGCACCAGGACGUGCGGCACUUUGCGCAUCACACCGAGUCGCGCGACGGCAACAUACUGCUCGCGUCUUUUGUCGAUCCGCAGGGAGGCUCCGACGCCACCGGCUCCACGGGCACCGGCGUGCCUCUGGUGCACUACAUCUCGCUGGAUCACGAGGCAAAGGCGGUCGUCCUGGCCUGCCGGGGAACGUUGGGGUUCGAGGACGUCCUGGCCGACCUGACGUGCGAUUACGACAGCCUGUCGUGGCGCGGGAGAGAGUACAGGGUGCACAAGGGAGUGCACGCGUCCGCCCGAAGACUGCUGCUCGGCGACGACGGCCGAGUGCUCGUGACGCUGAGGGAAGCGCUGCUGGAGUUUCCCGACUACGGCUUGGUGCUGUGCGGACACUCCCUAGGCGGAGGCGUCACCUCGCUCCUGGGCGUCAUGCUGGCGGAGCCGAACCCGGACGGUCCCGGCUUCGUCAUCUCGGCCGAACCGCAAUCGAGGCUGGUGACCCGGGGAGAGGUUGGCGCGGCAGAGCACAAGCUGCGCGACGUUCGCCUGCCGCAAGGCCGGCGCAUACACGUGUACGCCUACGGGCCCCCGGGCAUCAUGUCGUCGUCGCUGCGGAACAUCACCCGCGGACUCAUCACGACCGUCGUGCACGGAAACGACAUCGUGCCCCACCUGUCCCUGGGCGUUCUCCACGAUUUCCAGAGCCUGGCCGUCUCGUUCAAGAAGGACGAGAACCGCACCAGGCAGGAGAUACGGCGUCGGAUGUGGCAGGCUCUCCAGGACCACCUGGCCGAUAAGUGGUACCAGACGGUGCCGGUGACGCCGCGCGAGGGCGACGAGGAGUGGGUGCUGCCGGUGCUGCAGGCCCUGCGGGGCAGCAUGAGGGGCAAGAAGCUGGUGCCGCCGGGCGAGGUGUUUGCCAUUGAGACGACGCGGGUGCUGAGGCGGGAUGCGUUUGUCGCGCACGACGACGACGGCGACGACGGGGCGAUUGGCCGGCCGGCGCGGCGGGUCGUGCUCAAGUACGUGCGGGACGUGGAGGGGCGGUUCCGGGAGGUGCGGUUCGGGGCCGGGCUGCUGACGGACCACAGCCCGGCCAAGUACGAGGACGCGCUGAACAAGCUGCGGCUUGGUGUGGUGGAAUGA